AUGCAAGGGACUGCUGUGGCGCCAACCGUUUCCCCUGUCGUUCACUCCACCGCCACCGCUUCUACGCAUACCAGGUCAGGUUCAACUUCCGUGAGCGUCAAGAGGCGAGAGAAGACCACCGUCGCCCGAAGACCGAGCUUGAAUUCUUCGGCGACCACCACAAUUACUCUUAAAAAAUCGAAAACCAUAUCCCACCCAUCGGCGAACCGACGUUCCAACAUAAGGACCAAUCUGUCGACCUCCUCUAAUGCCUCGAUCGCGUCCAAAACUCCAAAUUCGGUCCCAGGUCCCCCAAAGAUCACGGUGAAAACUUCGGGAGCUCCAAAGAUAAAAAACGCAUCAACAUCAAUUCGCUCCCCCGCCUUCAAAACCUUGACACCACCCUCCUCUCCCAUAAGAUCUACGUCAACCGCAAAUGCAAACAAAAAGCAAAAUAAUGAUCAUAAUAAUGUGAACACCAAUAAAAGAAGUUCCAUGGAUGACAAAGGUUUAGUAGUCCCCCGGAAACCAAUCAGCGGAUCUAGCGGGAGACCAACGGUUGACAAAAAGGACACCACCCUCACCUCUGCCAACGCACCCUCCCCCAAAUUGCUGGUCACCGUGACAGAAAUUUCCGAUGGGUUGAACGCUUCGGAGGAAAUUUUGAUGUCCAUCCAGAGGACACCACCGCCAACCCCUCGAUCCUCAAUGGCGAGUGACACAGAAACAAUGGAACAUGACGAUAAAGUUGUGUUACGGGAACUCUUUAUAAUCGACGACGAGGACGAAAGUGCAGAAGCAGACCUCGACGACACGGACGUCGCGGAUUCGAAAUCUACGUACCGACACCACAAAAUAUUUCUAAGCGCUGACGACGACGAGGUGAUAAAUCUCUUGUUUGACGACAAGUCGAUAUUGUCAACGUCGACAAAAAAGUUCAGACCAAAAUUAUCUCCAACUCGCACGGCGUUCAAUAGCCAACCCGAACCGAUAGAGGAGUUAGCCAGCCUUACUUCAUUUCUCGCCUAUUCUUCGCUUCUAUUCACACCAACCGCAUCCCCAUCGGAUAGUGAAGAUAACGAGCAGCAGCAGCAGCCGUUAUCGUUCGACUCACGCUCACAAUCAGUUGAAAUGAAAGAUACCACGACCAGCGGCGGUCACGACAACAGUUGCCGAGAUUCGAUUUUUCGUGAUCCUCUAUCGGUUCCCAAUCUGUGGUCCAGCCAAAACAAUGACGGCACCAACAGCAGCCCAUCGCAACGAUCGUCAAAUAAAAAACAUCAUACUUACAAACCGUCAAGAAUACGUCGUUUAUGUCGAAGCGUGACCAUGAAGGCCGGAAAGUUCGAAGAUGAUCGCACCGCCUUGGAAGAAUACUCGAUCCCCUACUCGUCCUUCCUGACUCCACCCUCCACAAAGAACAAGUCACCCUCGGGUACGAAGGAGAACAUCCCGCACAAAAGACUCAGCCUUCCGUUCAUCAAGAAUCGACCAAGGGACAGCGGAUCCUCUCCGGUGAACCCCGACCAUUCAUGUGACAACAAUCGGAGUGUCAAAUCAUCAUCGAUCAUUGCCUCCGAAGUGGUAAAAUCGGAUCGGAGCCAACACGCCGCCGAAUCAAGCGACCUGGUGGAAUGUGAUGCGAACUCAACAAUGCCGAGCAGUGCACAGUUGGAGUCAAAGAUGGACGAUGAGGUUAACGAGAAUUUAUCAAGCAACAUUCGGCGGUCGUGGUCGCACAUUGAAGUGAGAACCAUCAAAGGGUUGUUUCAACGAAAGCGGUCGAGCUCGAAUGAUGUGAAACGAAGGAAUUCUUAUGCCUAUCAAACAGGUUCGUCAAAGACCAAUCAGCGGAUUGCUGCCGAAUCAGAGAUCAAAGUUUUGAACUAUGUAGUCGGGAAUCCUGAUGAUCGAAAAAAUAAAAAUGCUGGGUUCGGUAAGAAGGGUGGUAAGAAGGACAAGAGGAAGAACGUGGAUGGAGAUGAUACGGUCGAACCAAAUUUCACAAGGAUCUCGAAUAAUCCGCCGCAGUUGCCUCUUGACAUAUUUGGAUUUGUGAAGAAGGAUGUUCUGAAAGCAAUUCAGAUGAGGAGGUUUAUAAUUAAUGAGAUAUACUCUACCGAAAAGAGCUACAUGGAAAACAUGAGGAUCCUCAAGAAGGUCUUCAUAGACCCGUUCACCGAAACAACAAAUCCACUGGCAAACUCGUUAGACGCGUCGACAAUAUUUGCCCACGUGGACGGCCUCAUACGUUUAUCCACAAGAAUGGUCGAAUCAUUUGAGAAUAGCGCGAGUUUGCGGGAAGACUCGGAAUCGAAGAUUGGCGAAAUAUUCUUGAAUCACCAAGAAGAAUUUGAUGUGUUCCGGCAGUACGCCGGGAAUCACCAGCAGAGUGUGACGGCGGUGAAGAAGGCCAAUGAGAACGUGUUGUAUAAAAAAUUUAUACAG